GGAGGAGGAGCCUUCCUAGAGUGGAGACAGCAGCGGGGAGCCUUCCUAAAGGCAGCGGCUGGGGACUCCCAGGACCACAGGCUGAGACGGCAGGGCAGGGCGGCUGGAGGAAGUGAGAGGUGAACUCAGCCUGGGCCUGGCUGGGCAAGACCCUCCUCCACCUGCUCCCCUGGACACUGCCCGCCAUGGCCCUGGCCCAGCAGCUGCGGGCCGAGAGCGACUUUGAACAGCUUCCGGAUGACGUUGCCGUCUCAGCCAACAUCGCCGACAUCGAGGAGAAGAGAGGCUUCACCAGCCACUUUGUUUUCGUCAUCGAGGUGAAGACAAAGGGGGGCUCCAAGUACCUCAUCUACCGCCGCUACCGCCAGUUCUACGCCUUGCAGGGCAAGCUGGAGGAGCGCUUCGGGCCGGAGAGCAAGAGCCCCCUGGCCUGCAGCCUGCCCGUGCUCCCAGCCAAAGUCUACGUGGGUGUGAAGCAGGAGAUCGCCGAGAUGAGGAUACCCGCCCUCAACGCCUACAUGAAGGGCCUCCUCAGCCUGCCCGUCUGGGUGCUGAUGGACGAGGACGUCCGGAUCUUCUUUUACCAGUCACCCUACGAUUCGGAGCAGGUGCCCCAGGCGCUCCGCCGGCUCCGCCCGCGCACCCGGAAAGUCAAGAGCAUGUCCCCGCAAGGCGCUGGCUUUGACCGCAUGGCAGCUCCACGAGCAGAGGCCAUGUUUGACUUCACCGGGAACAGCAAACUGGAGCUGAAUUUCAAAGCUGGAGAUAUGAUCUUCCUUCUCAGUCGGAUCAACAAAGACUGGCUGGAGGGCACUGUCCGGGGGGCCACGGGCAUCUUCCCACUUUCCUUCGUGAAGAUCCUCAAGGACUUCCCCGAGGAAGACGACCCCACCAACUGGCUGCGCUGCUACUUCUACGAAGACACCAUCAGCACCAUCAAGGACAUCGCCGUGGAGGAAGACCUCAGCAGCACUCCACUGUUCAAAGACCUGCUGGAGCUCAUGAGGUGA